GUAAUGUCAAGUGAACCCAACAUAGGCGAUUCUACUAGUAAUGGUUUAGGAAAAGUUCUUAGCUCUUCGCCAGAGCCCGUUGAAACGCCCUCUUCCACUAUCCAUGAUAAUGCACUGCGCCACUCUCGCACGGUGUCCUCGUCCUCCUCGAGCUCGUCCUCAUCGCGUCUUACGGAACGGCCACCACCAUUCUCCAGGAAAUUGACACGUGCACUGUUUAUUCGACCUGCAGAGACAAGGGUUGGGUUCAAUGUACUAUUUGUCUUUAACCCAAUUGCAUGGGCUCUGCACUAUACCCAUCAGACCGACGUACCUUUGGCCGGUAUGCUUGGUCACGGUACAGAAACUAUCGCUCUUUACACAGGCGAUGCUCUUGGUGGUCUCAUUAAUGCAUCCCUGGGAAACGCCACAGAGUUCAUUAUAGCUAUUCUCCUGCUCGUGAAGUGUGAAAUUCGUGUGGUCCAGGCUUCGCUACUUGGAGGUCUUCUUUCCAACCUUCUUCUCGUAACCGGAAUGGCCUUCAUUGUCGGAGGUGCACAGCUCAAUACCUCCUUGCUUACCCUCGCAGUAAUAGCCCUCGUUAUUCCCACCUGUUUUGCAUUUGCGAUCGAGCAGGCCUCCGGAGAAGAGACCGAGCGUGAUGUCAUUCUUGAAAUGUCCCGCGGUAGCGCGCUUAUCCUCAUUUUCAUCUAUGUGAGCUAUAUGGUUUUCCAGCUCUACAGUCAUUCGUACUUGUACAAUCCCGACAAUGAUGUCCUCAAUGACGUCCACUCGAGCGCGUCUAGUGUACAAUCUGCUCCAGCAGCAUCGGCCCAACCGACUACGCCUAUUGUUAAUGAUGAACUUUCUCGUCCGCCUGUCAACAGGACUCACAGUCUCACCCCUAGCUUCGGCAGUAGGUCAUUUUUAGGACAUGGCAUGAAACUACUAGGAAGACGGUCACAUUCACAACUCAGCAAGGUGGAUGAGAAAGAAGCAGAGAUUCGACGACGUGCCCAAAGAGGGCAUCGCGACCUCGAAGCUGCCGGUGUAGCGAAAGGAGACACUGACAGCGAGAAGGAAUUAGAGACGCCAGAGAUGAACCUUACUGUGGCGAUUUCCGUCUUGAUUGCGGCUACUGGCCUCACGUACCUGACAGCCGAGGCCCUCACUGAUUCAUUGGAGGGGAUCGGCCAAAGUGGAAGCGUCAGUACUGAAUGGUUAGGUUUGAUUUUGUUGGCUAUUGUGGGUAACGCGGCAGAGCAUGUGACCGCUGUUUUUGUCGCGUACCGCAACAAGAUCGACUUGGCGCUUGCUGUUUCUGUAGGGUCCUGCAUUCAGAUUUCUCUUUUUGUUAUACCCCUACUGGUGUUGAUCGGUUGGAUAGCAAACAAACCGCUCUCGUUGCUAUUUGAUCCUCUUGAAGUCGUUACUCUGUUCCUGUCCGUCCUUCUCGUACGCUUUGCGACGGAAGAUGGACGUACGCAUUACAUGAGUGGAAUUCUUUUGUUUGGGACCUACGUACUUAUUGUGAGUGCUAUACUUGAAUCUUUCCUGACCAUGCCGCCAACACCGACUUCAUCAGGCAUUCUCGUUUUGGUUUUACCCUCAGAAUGGUACUAGCGCCGGGAAUCUUUUCUCAGAGUGCUAACAUUAGAUCCAAUUACUAUUAGUUGUGCCAAUAGAGUAGAAUACCUUUACCACACCUAAUAUGAUACCAGUUGUCUUCCUAUCACCUUAUAUUUGUACAACAUUUCACGAAUCAUAGAGUGGAGUGUGCGAAUGUGAAUUGGAUCAUCCGACUGUCGUGUUUGCUUCAUGUAUUCAUGAGAACAUUUUAACGCAUACGUGUCUAAA